UGCAUUCUUUUGGUUCCUCUUAAGACUGUCGUCGUCCUUUCUGUUGGCACUGGUUAAUCCACCUCAUUAUAUAUGUGGUUCUUGCAGAUCGUAUACAUCGUCAACCUGGUUGGCUCCAUCAAUCACUGAUUACAGCGACAUGGAUGCUGUGUGGUUCACCGUCUCUUUCCUCGCCAUCGCCGCCAUAGCCACCAAGAUCAUCGCAAAACGGCGAGCUACGACGUCUGCCCCAAGAAGCACCAUACCAGCUCCGCCAGUCGUGGAGGGCAGAUCCCUCGUGCGGUUCGUGCACACGCUUUUUACCAAAGGUCUGCGAGCCACGAUCCACGACGAGCACGCGAGGAUGGGGAGCGUGUUCACCGUAAGUUUCUUGGGACUGAUGAAGACGACGUUCCUGGUGGGGCCAGACGUGUUGAACCAUUUCUACAACGGGCCGGAGUCGGAUAUCAACCAUGGCAACAUGCUCGACUUCAUGGUGCCCAUGUUCGGCAAGGAGGUCGGGUACGGCGUCGAUUUCGCCACCCGGUACGAGCAGAUCCGCUUCUACAGCGAUCCGCUGAAACGCCCUUCCAAGCUCAGGAUACACGUCGACCCCAUCGUCCAGGAAGUAGAAGGUUACUUUGCAAAAUGGGGAGAGGAAGGCACAGUGGACCUGAAGCACGAGUUCAGCCAGCUGCUGAUGCUGAUAUCAAGCCGGUGCCUGCUCGGGAAGGAGGUCCGCGAGAAGAUGUUCGACGAGAUGCACGCUCUGUUCCACGAGCUGAAGAGCGGCAUGCGCCUGUCCAGCGUGCUCUUCCCCUACGCCCCCACGCCGACGAACCGCCGGCGCGACAGGGCGCGCGCCAAGCUGUUAAAGAUAUUCAGCGAGGUCGUGCGGUCCCGGAGGAGGCGGGGCGAGGAGGAGAAGGAGAAGGAGGAGGACGUGCUGCAGAGCCUGAUCGAUUCCAGGUACAAGGACGGGCGGGCCACGACCGAGGAGGAGGUCACCGGCAUGAUCAUCCUCCUGGUCUUCGGCGGGAUGGACACGAGCACGCUCGCCAGCACCUGGACCGGCGCGCGCCUGCUCAGCACCCCGGCGGCCAUGGCUGCCGCGGUCGAGGAGCAGAGGCGGAUCCUCACCGACCACGGGCACGGGGACCGCGUCGGCUACAGUGAAUUCAUGCAGAUGACCACCCUCCACUGGAGCAUCAAGGAGGCGCUGAGGAUGCACCCUCCGUCGGCGGUGUUCUUCCGCAAGGCGCGGAGGAGCUUCGGCGUACGGACGAGAGACGGCCGCGAGUACGAGGUCCCGGGUGGGCAUACGGUGGCGAGCCCCGUGCUGUUCAACAGCCACCUGCCUAGCGUGUACAAGGACCCCGACGUGUACGACCCGACCCGGUUUGGGCCUGGGAGGGAGGAGGACAGGGCCGGCGGUAAGUUCACCUACGAGGCGUUUAGCUGCGGGCGGCACAGCUGCGUCGGCGAGGCGUACGCGUAUCUGCAGAUCAAGGUGAUGCUCAGCCAUUUGCUGAGGAACUUCCAGCUCGAGCUCGUGUCCCCUUUCCCUCAGACAGAUUGGGGGAAGCUGGUGCCUGAGCCUAAAGGGAAAGUGAUGGUCAGGUACAAGAGGCAGCGCCUGCUCUCAGUGCCUAGCUAGUAGAAGAUGGCUAGUACAAGAAGAAACUAGUGUGGACGAAGCUGGGGAUGUGUGUGUUUAUCGGCCUGUACUGUAGCAUGUGUAAUUAUGUUUGCCUGUUUAAUCUCUAUGGCGAUCGGCUUAGAAAACCUGUUGACACUUGAAGUCCAUGCGCACCGAUCUACCUGUAUGGAGAUGAUGGACAAAUUUGCUAGUA